CUGUCGUUCGGUGUUAAUAUUUUUAGCCUUUGAUCGAUUGGUCGCCGCGAAAGCCUUCAUAUUUUCUGCUCGUUUUUUCCCGGGAUCUCAAAUUUCUCAUUUUCUCUCUCCGAAACUAUGAUGCCUGUGAUCCGAAACACCUCACUUUCUCUCUCCAAAACUCCGCUGUCACUGUUAUGAGAUUUGUCAUUUUCUUCUUUCUGAAACUUACUCCUUUUGUAUAUUAGGGUUUGGAGCUUGGCUCCAUGGCUUCCACUGCGGGUUUGGUGCCCAUAACGAGGGCCAUCUUGUCCCGAUAUUACGAUAAUCACCAUUUCAACCCCCUCUCAGAAGAUGUCCCUCGCCUGUCCGAUGAGCUCCGGGAAUUCUCGAAAGCAUUGCAGGAGGAAGUGCCCCCUAUUGCAGGUGAGGCAAUUUUGGCACAAGAAGCAGAAUCAACUUCUCCCCAUAAAAUUGAUGAGAACUUGUGGAAGAAUAGGGAACACAUUGAAGAGAUACUGUUUCUACUCGAGAAAUCUCACUGGCCAACACAGCUUCAGCAGCAUUCAUCACCUGAAGAUGUGGAGCUUGCUGCCACUCUGCAAAAGCUUGAGGUUAAAAUGCGAAAUAUUUUGAAGACUUUGGAGUCGUUCCAAUCCAAGAACACCGAAAAUGUGUUUAACAUUGUUAUGACAUACAUGCCUCAAGAUUUCAGAGGUACCCUCAUUAAGCAACAACGUGAGCGUUCAGAGAGAAAUAAGCAAGCUGAGAUUGAAGCUCUAGUUAAUUCUGGUGGUAGUAUACGCGAUCGAUAUGCUUUAUUGUGGAAUCAACAAAUGGAAAGGCGGAGACAAUUAGCGCAGCUCGGAUCAGCAUCAGGUGUCUAUAAGACGCUUGUAAAGUAUCUUGUUGGAGUGCCACAGGUCUUAUUGGAUUUUAUACGGCAAAUAAAUUAUGAUCAGGGGCCCAUGGAAGAGCAACGACAACGUUAUGGGCCACCUCUCUACAGCCUUACUAGUAUGGUGCUUCUUAUCCGAUUGUUUUUGCUUCUGUCGUGGGGACGUUUUGUGACAAUCAAAUUACAGAAAGAUAAGGUUGCUGUCUUGGAGCAGGCUGUUGAUGUCUACACGUCAGAAUUGGAGCACUUUCUUAAUUUUAUAGUGGGGGUAUUUGCAAAUGCUCCCUUCUUUAUUUCAGCAGAGGAAGCUGGUGCUGCAGAAGCAAGUAGGGGUGAAGAGUACAAAGAAACAUUGAUUCCUGCUGGGAAAACUUAUGAGAUCUUGUUAGCAGUUGACUCUGUAAACUCUUAUAUUGCCUGGGACUUCUUAGUAACACAAGGGAAAAUGAGUAUGGAUAUUGGUUUUAGUGUGGAGUACAUAAGCCCUUCGGGAAUAACUACACUUAUCCUGCCCUACCAGCGAUAUGAGUCCGACCAAGGGAACUUCUGCACAGUCAAGGCGGGAUCCUACAAGCUCAUUUGGGACAAUUCAUAUUCAACAUUUUUUAAGAAGGUUUUGAUGUCGAGUUUCUCGCUUGGAAUUGGUUACAGAAGUUCGGAUUUCUAUUCCAGAAAAUUGAAAAUGCAGGAAGAAUUUGCGGUACAAAGUGGAUGCUAUUCCUCCUGUUGCAGAACCUCCACAGUUGGAGGUGGAUACUGCUGAGAACUGAAGAAACUUUUGCACUAGUUGAUCAAUGCCUUCCAUGAACUGGUGGGUAUAAUCUAUCUGAAAAGGGUUCGUCAUUUUUUAUGGCAAUUGAGUGGGGUUGCCUUGACAUGUAUCAUUGUUUCAUUUCAUCUCCUCUCUCUGUCUCUCUCUCUCUCGCAAUUUCUUCUUAACUUAUAUUUGUCGUUGUAAACUAUGGGAAUUUCUUCUUAACUUAUAUUUGUUGUUGUAAACUAUGGGAAUGUGGCUACUUUCAUGAGGUCUCACAUUUCAGCUACAUAAUGAGAGAACUUUUGCAGCUGUCU